GUGAAUACACUAGUCGUGCCUUCAAAUAAUUUUUGCUUCAAAAAGUCAUUCAUCGUAGACUCUCUUAUACACACCAUCCUGAGCAGAAUGGUUUAGCAGAACGUAAAUAUCGCCAUCCUGUUGAAACAACAUUCACUCUUCUUGCCCAAACAUUAGCAGCAGCACCACUUCAACCAAACCCAAAUCCUCUUUCACCCGAUCUCUCCAAUACGGCCAUCUCGUCAUCUUCACAACCCUUGCCGCCGCCGGCUCUCUCACCAAAUGACGCUCCCCAAAUGCCCCCCCUCCAGCUCGCCAACUCCCAACCCCAUUCUUCCUCCUCUCAACUGGUUUGGUUCGGUGGAGCGGUACAAUGCUCGCCUAGUUGCCAAAUUCUCUAUCAAGAGUCGAGUCUCUCACCGCUAUACUUUUAUUCAUUCUUGAUCUUUUUUGUUACUGGCACGAAUGACAUGAACAUCCAUUGAUCAAAAACUGCUAUAUUUGAAGUCGAUCCGAUCCGAACUUCAAAUUCCCACGAACCCCAGGUUAGUAUUUUUGCAGCUCUGCUCAUGAUUUAUUCUAAAAGAGGCAUCACUCCCUAAUUGAUCAUGGAUUUAUAUGCCGAAUUUCUUAUGAAGUAGGGAAGAGAAACCAGAAAACACAAAUGCAUGUUUUCCAUGAUAGUUUAUUCCAAGCCUUGAAAUAGCAAGUGUUGAAAGCUUCUUGGGUUACUCAUAUCUGUAGUACUUGAACGCUUACUCUUCUAUAAGUAGAAUAAGUAGGUUUCAUUGGAAAUGAGCAUACAAAGAAUCUCUACAUCUUCCCCCCUUCAACUCCUCAGUGGAAAUAUGAUGUUUUUCUGAGGUUUGGAGGUGAUGACACUCACUAGGCUUUUACAGACCACUUAUACACUGCAUUGGAACAUCAAGGAAUCAUAACUUUCAAGGACGAUCCUGAACUUCAAAAAGGGGAAGCUAUUUCUCCAGCACUUUUUGCUGCAAUUGAAGAAUUGAGAUUUGCUCUCAUUGUUCUCUCAUAAAAUUAUGCAUCGUCAACAUGGUGCUUGGAUGAACUUGUGACGAUUCUUGAAUGCAUGAAAGCAAGAAAAACUGUGCUGCCAAUUUUCUAUGAUGUUGAUCCCUCUUAUGUACGAAAGCAAACAGGGAGCUUUAGAGAAGCCUUUGCUAAUCAUGAAGAAAGGUUUAGGGAUGACAAAGAGAAAGUGCGAAGGUGGAGAUAUGCUUUAACUGAAGUGGCAAGUUUCUCAGGGUGGAAUUCAAAGCAAUGUAGGGAAGGCAAACCAGGAAACACAAUUGCAUGUUUUCCAUCAUAGUAACUUCCAAGCCUUGAAAUUGUGCUGAAAGCUUCUCGGGUUAUUCAUAUCGAUAGUCCUUGGACACGUACUCUUCUACAAGUAGAAAAGUAGGUUUCAUCGGAAAUGAGCAUACAAAGAACCUCUACAUCUUUGCCCCCUUUAACUCGUCAGUGGAAAUAUGAUGUUUUUCUGAGCUUUAAAGGCAGUGACACUCGCAAGGCUUUUACAGACCACUUAUACACUGCAUUGAAACAUCAAGGAGUCAUAACUUUUAGGGAUGAUCCUGAACUUCAAAAAGGGAAAGCUAUUUCUCCAGAACUUUUUGCAGCAAUUGAAGAAUCGAGAUUUGCUCUCAUUGUUCUCUCACAAAAUUAUGCAUCGUCAACAUGGUGCUUGGAAGAACUUGUGAGAAUUCUUGAAUGCAUGAAAGCAAGAAAAACUGUGCUGCCAAUUUUCUAUGAUGUUGAUCCCUCUGUUGUACGAAAGCAAACAGGGAGUUUUAGAGAAGUCUUUGAUAAUCAUGAAGAAAGGUUUAGGGAUGACAAAGAGAAAGUGAGAAGGUGGAGAUAUGCUUUAACCGAAGUGGCAAGUUUCUCAGGGUGGAAUUCAAAGGAAUGGUACGAAUCAAAGCUGAUAAGAGAUAUUAUUGAAGUUAUAUGGACAAAAUUGCAACCUACAUCAUUCAGUUAUGCAGAAAAUCUAGUUGGAAUUUACUCAAGAUUGCAGCCAGUCAAUUUGCUUUUAGAUGUAGGGGUGGAUGACGUCCGCUUCAUUGGUAUAUGGGGAAUGGGCGGGAUUGGUAAGACUACUAUGGUAAGAGCAGUGUAUGAGAGAAUCUCUCGUGAAUUUGAAUUUAGUUUCCUUCUUACUGAUGUUAGAAACUUUGUUGAAAAAAGUGGUCUACUUAAUUUACAAAAGCAACUUCUGUCUGGGAUUUGGACAAAGAAGUCCAACAUAUCAGACCUUCAUGAAGGAGCCAUGAUUAUAAGGAGGUUGUUUGGUGACAAAAAAGUUCUUCUCAUUCUUGAUGAUGUGAACCAUUCAAGUCAUUUAGAAUAUUUGGCAGGAAACCCAGAGUGGUUUGGUUCAGGGAGUAGAGUUCUUAUCACAACUAGAAAUGAGCAUUUGUUGAUUGGACAUGGAGUGGAGAGAAGAUUGAAGGUCGAAGAAUUAAAUGAUGCUGAUUCUCUUCAGGUUUUUAGCCGGAAAGCAUUCAAAAGAGUUUACCCUGAAGGAGAUUUUCUUGGUUUGUCAGAAUAUGUUAUAAGUUAUGCAAAAGGUGUUCCUUUAGCUCUUGAAGUACUGGGUUCUUUUUUGCAUGGAAGAGAUCUAAGUGAAUGGAGAAGUGCACUGAGAAAACUGGGAAGAGUUUGUAACUUGGAAAUUUUUGAUAUACUUAAAAUAAGUUACAAUGAUCUGGAUUCUGAAGAGAAGAAAAUAUUCUUAGACAUUGCAUGUUUCUUUAAUGGACAGGACAGAGAUCGAGUAACAGAAGUACUAAACAGUUGCGAUUUUUCUGCAAUUAUUGGAAUAAAAGUUCUCAUGGAACGAUCCCUCCUAACUCUUUCAGAUGGAAGACUAUGGAUGCAUGAUUUGCUCAGAGAAAUGGGUCACGAAAUUGUCCGCCUGGAAUCUCCUACUGAGCACGGCAGGUGCAGUAGGUUGUGGCUUCUUGAAGAUGUCAAACAUGUCUUGACCAAAAAUACUGGAACUGAAGCAAUAGAAGGCAUAUUUGUGGACUCAGCUGAAUCAGGAAUCGAGGUGGACGUGGCUCCGAAAUCAUUUUCAAUGAUGAACAAAUUGAGAUACCUGAAGAUUAAGAAUGGGAACCUGCCUAAGGGGCUUGAAUAUCUUCCCAAUAGUUUACGGAUUCUUGAUUGGAUGAGGUAUCCGUCAAAAUCUCUGCCAUCACAUUUCAACCCUCAGAAGCUGCUCGAACUUAGCUUGUGUCAUAGUUGUAUUAAACAUGUUCAGAUAGGAACUGAGCCUUUAUACAAUUUGAAAACCAUUAAUCUGAGUCACUCUCUGAAUCUUGUCAACACCCCAAACUUUGAAGGUAUGCCAUAUCUCAAGUUUCUGUUUCUUGAAGGUUGUAUAAGAUUGUAUGAGGUUGACCCAACAAUUGAAGUGCUUGAAAGACUUACUGUGCUGAACUUGAAAGAUUGCAAGAAUCUUGUGCUUUUUGCAAGCAGUGUAGGUGGCUUAAAAUCUCUCAAAGUUCUUAAUCUUUCUGGUUGCUCAAAGCUUAAAAAACUACCGAAUGACAUGGGUCUUUUAGAAAGUUUGGAGGAGCUUCAUGUGAACGGCACCGCCAUAAGAGAACUACCUUCCUCUAUUGGAAUGCUCGAAAGACUUCCUCUGCUAAAAAUGAAAGAUUGCAGAGAUCUCGUGUCUCUUCCAAUUAGUGUCAGUGGCUUAAAAUCUCUCAAAGUUGUUAAUAUUUCUGGUUGCUCAAAGCUUGACACAUUGCCAGAGGAGUUGGGCCAUAUAGAGUGUUUGGUAGAGGUUGAUGUGAGUGGAACUUCUAUACAAGAACUACCUUGCUCUAUUGGGAUGCUUGAAGGACUUGUUUCUAUGUCCUUGAGAGAUUGCAAACAUCUUGUGUGUCUUCCAAGCAGUGUGGGUGGCUUAAAAUCUCUCAAAGAUCUCAAUCUUUCUGGUUGCUCAAAGCUUGACAAAUUGCCGGAUGAGUUGGGUCAUGUUGCAUGUUUGGAGAAGCUUGAUGUGAGUGGAAGUGGCAUAAGAGAACUCCCCUCCUCUAUUGGUCUUUUGAAGAACCUUAAACAUUUAUCUCUUGCUAGAUGUAAGGCGCAGGCCCCUAAAUCAUGGAAUAUGAUGUUCAACCCCUUUCAGUUAUUGCGAAAAAGAAGUCACAUUCCGGCAGGAUUGUCGUUGCCUUGUUUAUCUGGUUUGCAUUCAUUAACCGAACUGGAUCUAAGUGACUGCAAUCUUUCUGAAGAAGCAAUGCCCAGUGAUUUUGGAUGCUUGUCUUCAUUAAGAGAAUUAAAUCUCAGCAGAAAUCAAUUCAUUAGACUACCCGAGAGCAUCGGCCAACUCUCUAGACUUGAAGUACUUGAGUUGAAUUUGUGCGGCAAACUUCAGACAUUACCAGAGUUUCUCCAAGAGAACAAUGUAUGGGUAGAGGCUAGCAACUGCAUUUCAUUAGAUACAUUGGCCAAUCAAAGAGAACAUUGCAAUUCGGUACUAGAAGGAUAUUUUGUUAACUGUUUCAAAAUGGUGGAGAAUGAAAGCUGUCAGAGGAUAGCAAUUUCAUUGCUAACACGCUUCCUGAAGUUUCAACAUUCUAUACAUGAUAGAUUUGACUUUAUUGCUCCUGGAAAUGAAAUACCAGAGUGGUACAAUAACCAAAGUGAGGGGUCUUUGAUAACUGUAGAGCUGCAUCCAGGUUGGUUUAGUAACACGUUUAUGGGAUUUGCCUUCUGUGUCGUUUUUAGACUCCUCAAACCACUCCCGCCUGGGGUUGAGAUUGACAUUAGUUUGGAACCAAGGGCCAAUGGACAAUACUUUGGUUCAUCCCCUGUUCUGUUGUUUAAUAAAAAGUGGGGUCAACCUGUGUCAGAUCACAUUUGGUUCUUCUAUGUGGGGUCAACCUGGGGUAGAGUCACUGAAGAAUGGCAGGACAUCUACUAUCAGCUUGUAUUCUCAUUUGAAUCUUAUGGAAUCGAUGAGGAAAUUUUGCAAGUGAAGAAGUGUGGGGUCCGUAUGGUAUAUGAGGAAGAUGCAAAGGAGCUUUGGGAAACAUUGUUGAAGCAGAGCAAUGUUAGCAUUAAUACCAAGCGAGGCCUUCAACACUAUGAUGGUGAUGAUGCAUCAUCUGGUAGUACAAGUCAGGCUCAUCCAAAAAGAAUGAAACAACUCCACCUUGAUGGGGCAGAACCCAGUAGAACCCCUUAUAUUCAUGACCAGAAACAUGGUUAAUGGUUUUUUUUUUGUUAUGUUUUUUUUUUUUUGUUAUAAAGAACGGAAACCUGAUUGUAAAUUCAUGGUUUAUGCCUGCUGGUGGCUCGAUGAAGCAGCAAUAUUUAGUUA